GUCCAACAGAGCGCAUAGAAGACUACCAUCCGCUUCAGCGAGGUUGGAUGUUUUUGUUGUUCUCGAGUCGAGCGACACUAUUUACACCUUUUAUCGUUCCUCACUUGUAGAGAAUGCAUAACUGGCAGGACCAUGAGAUCCGAGAGCUGCUCCGUAUUCGCGCCCACGAGCAAUUCCGUGGCCAAAUAACAGGAACCGUAAAGGACGCGGUUGUUUUUAGUACGAUAGCAAGACUACUGGCCCAGCAAGGCGUUCAUCGGUCCCGGGAUCAGGUCGUCAGCAAGCUCAAGAACCUGAAGAAGCAGUACCGAAACUACAAGGAGCAGAUCUCUUUAAAAGGAGGAGAGAGAUCCGCUGCGUACUGGCCGUUUUUCGAGGACGCAGAGCGCGCGUUUGGUGACCACCCUUUACCGGCGGAACCACCGGACUCUCUGUCCCCGCUCGCGGAGCGUCUAGAGUCUGCUCCCGUGCCUGCGUCUGCCCCGGUACGAAACCAAGGAGCUGCGUUAGAUCAGGAUGAAGCUGAGCAGGUGGUGGUGGGCAACUGGGGCGAACAAAGCCAAGGACCGACCCCGAACCAGGCAACGAAACGAGAACAGGCGCCAAUUGAGGAAGAGGAGGACGAGGAGUAUGGAUCUCCAGAAGAGCCGGUCCAGUCGACCUGCGGUAUCCCUACAAAGAAGAGGAAAACCACAAUACUGCACCAGGUGAACUCCAUGAUCAAUGCCACCAUGUCCAAGCUCAAAGAAAUGGACGCGGCCAUGCAGGCCCAGGAGGAUGCCCGUCUGAAGAGGCUGAUGGACCACGAGAAGGACAUGCAAAAGAGCCUCAUUCAGGAGAUGCUCUCCCUGCACCGGACCAUCAGUGCAGAGAACCAUCAAAGACACCUGGAGCUUGUGGACAGGGUCAUGUCCAAAAUCCCACCUUCGUCCUCCCAAACCGGGCUCUGACAAGGACAUGGAGGUGAUAUGGACUGGUGCAGCUCAGCAUGGGCCUGCGAUGUUUUAUAAAGAGGAUUUAAGAUGUAGAGCUCUGGCAUAAGGCUGUACAGUAUUGAAAAAAAAUCAAAUGGGUUGUGCUCACGUGACAUCACAACAUUACAGAAUCCAUGAUAGAAUUAGCUGUUUGACUGUCAGAUUGCAUAUUCGUUGACCUGGUUUAUUGCUACUAUCUCUCUAAUUACAGAGCCUAUCUACAUCAAACAAAGAAACAAACUGACACUACCUUCAGUGUCUUUGUCAGUAUAAAUAAAAAGUUAAAUUAUUUUUUCAUUAUAGUCUCAGAAAUUAAUGGGAUUAAAAGCAUCAUUGUCAUCACUUUAAGGACUUUUAAGCCAUGAGAUUCAUUUUGAAGGUUUGUGGAGCCAAUCCCAAACAAUAUUUUCUAUGUUGGAUAUAAAAACAGUGAAUCUCCCACCAUCUGAGAUUAUGACGUCAUCAAAUUCUAGGAAGUGAACGCAAACCUACUGCAUUUUUUCUGACAAGUAUUGCAACUUCAGAAAUGUUUUGGGAAGUAGGAUUCUGAGUGUACAUUGUAAACAACUCCAGGAGUGUUAACAUUUUGAGAGACUGAAACAUGAACUGAUACUGGACUAAUAGAAGAUUUCAUGUUUGUAGCGGUGCAAACUAUAGGUACAAGACUUUUCUACAAAAGAUAUUUUUCUUUGCAGAGAACAAUGUACCGGUAGUAUCAAAGUAAUUGUCAUUUGAGAAAUGCGCUAACUCGACUUCAUCAAAAUUGUAAUGUAUUGUGCAGCUCUACUCAGCAGGUUCUUUAUAUUGCAGUAUCUGGUGCAGCUGAAUUUUGGUGUUUUGUUUUUAUGUGCAAUUUAUUUUGUCUUUUCAUUACUUGGCUAAUGUUGUGAAAUAAUCUAAGUUGCCUAGGACUUAAAUAAGGACUCUGGGGACUUAAAUAAGUUUAUUUACCAUCAGUACAGAACCCAGACACAUGAAUAUAUUGUUAUAUCAAGUCAAGCCAUAAUUUUCACCCUUAAAAGAUUUGGCUUUCCGUUUACCACCAGAUUUAAACCAAAUAUUACUGUACUGUACUGUAUUAUACUAUACAAUAAGUACUAUUCCAGGUAGAAAAUAGGGCUAAUCAAGGUCUAAAAUGGGAAUGCAUCAUUGCUACAGCAGCUCAUCCCACACAUUACCUAAGGGAGGCUCAGUAAGUGGAUGAAAUGAAAUUAUGCAUAAAUUACACCUGUAGAGGAGUACCACAGUUUGAGAAACCUUUAUAAGCCUUUUGAUUGACAGGAUAAUUUGUUAACAUACAAGUGUAUUUGUCAAAUAUGACUUCCUUUAAACUUUAUUGCCUGAUUUCUCUUGUUUUCAAACCAUGGCUCCAUUUGCAUAUCAUAGUUCCCAGAAAAUUACUGAGUACCAAAUGGUGCUCAGCAAUGACCCUCAUUCACUCAGAGCACAGUGCUGCUGCAUCAUUUAAACUGAAUGAGAAUGAAAUGUAACAAGCAGUGUAACCAGGACAACCAAGACUGUAACCAUGGAGACCAAGCAGUGGUACUGGCUAUUUUCUGGCUUUAUUCACACAUGCGGAAAAUGAGCUCGGACUUUGUUCAAACAUGACCCUUUAAAAUAAUAUAGGCUAUAUACAGGCUGCAUCUGUGGAUGGGGCUCAUGGUGAAGGAAGGUGUAGUUAAAGUGCAUAUGACAGGGUUUCUAAUGUUUUUAUAAUUAUUACUUCGUUUGGUGGGAUAGUACAUGUGAUAAAUGUUCAUCAUAGUUUAACAUCAAUUAAGUGGAAAACAAAAAUGGAAAAAUAUUGGAAGUCAUGCUUAGUUCUGAAAUGAAAUACUUCUACCCAUAUCAUCAAUGCCAAAAAUUCCUUCCAAAAUGCUGGAACAAUUUGCACACAAGGAACUUUUUUCAAACAUUUAUUUAACAAUAUAAUUAUGCUGUAAUUUAUGUUUAAUCACAACUAUUGUGCAAGAGGUAUGAGGUAGAGGUAUGGUUGCUAGGUUACAGUUAUGAUAUGCGUAGAAGGCAAAUCCAUAUCUGCUGCCCGUGUCCAACCACGCAGUAAAAUGAAAAUGAAAAAAAAAAUUAAAAACUAGAACUUUUUUUUUUUUUAAGCAAAAUCUGAAAUGUAUUUGAAUCACUGAAAAUGGCAGUCUAACCUGGCAUAUGCACUUUAAAGGCUUGAGAGGUUGAUCAAGCUUGUAAAGUGCAAUACAGAUGUAGUUAUUGUUAUUCUUUCUACAUACACAUUUUAGGCACACUCACAACUACUUUAUAACGGCUGUCUGAAUUAAAAUAAGUGACUGCUUCUAUAAUACAGGCCUGUAGCAUGAGGUUAAAAAGAAAUUGACUCCAGAACUAGUCUUAAUGUCAAAUCUUCCCAAACUGUAAAAAUUUGGUAAUUUUAAGAUAUUAAGAAUUUUAUGUUCUCAUUUUACAUUCUAAAAAUUACACUUAUUUUUCAGUGUUUGCACUUGCCUUGAUUCUAUCCAUGGCCUUGGCCUUGUUUUAUCACACUGGGUGCAGAGCCAAAUUCACUGGACUAUCUCUAAUCAUAUACUAAUCAAUUCUGAAAUUUGAGCAAGUUUCAAAACAGAAAUUAACCUUUCCUGAACAGCUCUGGAAUAAUCUUGAGUUGUAUCAGAACAAGUAUAAGGCCACAUAUACCUGGGUGACUGAGGGAUUGCACAGACAUGAGAUCACAUGGUAAUAUAAAAGUACUAUAAUUUAAUGGUGAAAAUGAUAUUCAUUGCCUAAAAUGAUUUUUAUUAUCAUUGUGGUAUCAGAGUCUGUAUUGAGUAAAGUCUAUUCCUUAGUAUCGAAAUAGUUUGAAAUUUUAGUACCAUGACAACACUACUCUCAAAUCAAUGUACUGUAUACUAAAAUAAAGUUAGAGAUAUAGGUCUUCUAUAAUAAUUCAGUCACUUUACCUCAAUUCUUCACUACCAGCCUUUUGUAAAUUAAUUAUUUACUGUAACUUUGCAGUGUUGUACUUAGACUGUUCUAUGUGUGAACCUUUAAAUCAAAUUGUAUAUUGAUUGAUCUUGUUCACAUUUUAUGACUUCUCUUGUACAGUACUUAACUUUGUCUUUCACUACAUCCACAUUUCAAUAGAAUUUCACUUGAUCUCAAAUAUUUAAGCUGGUCAUCUGGUACAUAAUAGACUAAUUGACAAUAAUUGAUGUGAAAAUCAUAUUAAAAGUUAUAUGUUUAUAUUCUCCAUUGAAAAGCUAUGUAAAGGUUUCAAAAUGUGGCCAACAUUAGGUGGACAUUUCAUAUCACUUAAACACCUUACUACCAUCAGUGUUAUUUUGUCAUGCCCUGUUAAAUGUCCUAAAGGUUCUGAAUUUGAUAUAUUUUAAUUUUUGGAGAUUGUAAACUUUUAUUACAUUAUGAAUGUAAGCUAUUUCAUCAAUUUGCUGAC